GCAGCGGGCUGAGCAGCGGACUCACUCCCGGUGAAGAUGGCGAUGAGGACAGCGCUGCGACGCGUCUCUGCGAACUUCUCGCCCAGGCUGCCUCAGCUGGCGCCCGCAGCGCAGCUCUGCGCCGCCCGGCUGCUGUGGAGGAGCGACUCCCCGCGCACCCUGAGCUCCACCGCGGUCCUGUCCUCAGCACUAAAGUUCACAGAUAAGCACGAGUGGGUGAAAGUAGAAGGAGGCAUCGGCACAGUCGGUAUCAGCAAUUAUGCUCAGGAAGCAUUAGGUGAUGUGGUUUACUGUGGACUCCCUGAAGUUGGCCAAAGACUUGAACAAAUGGAGGAGUUUGGUGCUUUGGAGAGUGUGAAGGCUGCCAGUGAGCUGUACUCCCCACUGACAGGAGAAGUGACUGAAAUCAACAAGGAGCUAACAGAGAAUCCUGCACUUGUGAAUAAAGCCUGCUAUGAAGAGGGAUGGCUAAUCAAGAUGACGAUCGAGAAGCCCGGAGAACUCGACGGCCUCAUGGAUCAAGCUGCGUACGACAAAUUAAUUCAUUCCCUUGAAGAAUAAAUCCAUGAAGUCGG